UUAACAUGCCCCUCUCUCCGGCCACAUGGAAUAAUGCCGAUCCGGAAACUCCAAGCCUACUCUAUGCAACUCUAACGAUAAUACACUCAUACAUAGAUUCUGACAUACACACAUGUUCAUGCCUUUUGUAAUAAAUUGCCACUGCCGAAAUAGUCAGUCUUAUUCUGUUCUCCAAACAGCAUAGUGAUUUUAUUUGUGAGUAUUUCUAACAUAUUACAGAAUUCUCUCGCAAAUGAGACUCUCUCGGCCACUGGACUGGUAACUGUGACAAUUGUGUUUCUUUAUUUUUUCGUAUAAAGGUUUUAUUGGCAAUGUCUCAAAACAAGAAACUAAACCAUUUAACGGAACUGGAUAUAGCUGUUUGUUGCGGUGAUUUGCACCUUGUUGAACUGCUGCUCAGCAAUAACGCCGCCGAUGUAAAUGCACCUGGUGCCGCUUUCACACCGCUAAUGUUCGCCUGUUUGGACGGUCAGCUCGAGAUGGUGCAAUUAUUGCUGAGCAAUGGCGCCAACGUUGAGGCGCAGGACGAGAGAGGUUAUACACCGCUGAUGGGGGCCGCCAUGGAGGGCCAUGUGGAAGUAGCCAAGGUACUUCUUGAGCAUGGAGCCGAAAUAAACACCCAUUCAAAGUUUAAGGAGAGUGCUUUGACACUGGCCUGCUACAAAGGUCAUUUGGAUAUGGUGCGUUUGCUGCUGCAAGCCGGCGCCGAUCAUGAGCAUAAAAUCGUCGAGAUGCAGAAGGCUCUCUUAGAGGCUACAAUGGGUGGCCAUGUCGAAGUAGCGCGAUUGCUAUUGGACUCCGGAGCGCAAGUCAAUAUGCGGAUUGAUUCAUUGUCGCUCACAUUGGCAGUCAACGGUGGUCACGUUGAGUUGGCCACUUUACUCUCCGAGCGCAAGGAACACGAGGAAAUGGUGGCACAGCUCGAUAAAAUAAAUUUGUAAAAGAAACAGAAAACUUAAAUAAAUGAAUAAGAAAAGUAAAACAGCAAAGAGAAAAGUUUAUGGUAAACAUUUUUAGUUGCGGACGAAUGAAUACAAAAGUGUAUUUUCAUGAA